CCCCCAGGACCUGCCCGGGCCGGGGACCAGGCAACCUUCCGCGGGGGUCUGGGGCGGCCAACAUGGAGCCCGUUCCCGGGGAGGGGGGGCUGGUUUAAAGCCCAGACCCUGCACCCCCCCGAAGCCCCUACCCCUGGACUCGAGGAGGGGGGGACCCCAAGCACACCGGCUUCAAGCCCCGGGAAGGGGGGGCUGCAAGGAAACUUUUUUCUGCCUUUGGACACGUUUGACUCCUGUACGAACCCUGGACAGCCCAAGCAUGUCAGACAGUGACCUGGGUGAGGAGGAAGGACUGGCCUCCCUGGAUCUAACCCAGGCAGGCAAGAGGAAGAGGAGAGGGAACCUCCCAAAGGAGUCUGUGAAGAUUCUCCGAGACUGGCUGUAUGAGCACCGCUUCAAUGCCUACCCCUCAGAACAGGAAAAGCUGAGCCUUUCUGGGCAGACAAGCCUGUCCGUGCUACAGAUUUGCAACUGGUUCAUCAAUGCGCGACGGCGGCUCCUCCCCGAUAUGCUGAGGAAGGAUGGCAAGGACCCCAACCGUUAUACCAUUUCCCGCCGUGGUGGCAAAGCAUCUGAUGUGGCCGUGCCAAGGGGUUCAAGUCCCACCCUGAUGGCACCAGGGCCCACUCAGGCCCCCUCCAAAGUGCUGUCACUGUCUGUAUGCUCCUCCGCACUCUGUUCCUCUGCAUCCCCAGUGAGGGCUCACCUCCCUGGCCCUGGGGCUGAGAAUGAAAGUCCACCACCCCCUUCUUUGGUUAGUGGGGAGCCACAGCCCCUUCCGGGCCCUGGCAGCACACUCACCCUGCUGGCCAGGGCACAGGCUGGAAGCCCAACCAGUGGACUGUUUAACACACCACCUCCCACGCCCCCAGAGCACUAUGGAGAUGACUUUAGCAGUUUCCAAUUGCUGGUGGAGGUGGCCCUACAGAAAGCAGCUGAGCUCGAGUCACAGAAAAAAGAUCUAUUUCCUCCUUCGUGGCAUGCCGAGCUUCCGUUGGUAGCCAAUAACCCUAAGUAGCGCUUGAAAGGGCCUUCAGGACUUGGUAGAAGACAGUUGCUCCUCUUUGUUAUUUUACUGUUGUUCAUUGUGUUGUUUGGGGUCUUUCCUUUUACUUUUCGGGGUCUCUCCCACCUGUUGGGAUUGCCCUUUCUGCCCAGACAGGUUCUCCCAGUGGGAACACUUGGGUGUUGCACACUGUGACCUAAGACCUCCUCUUAUCUCUGACCUGCUCCACUCCCAACAGAGGGGUCCUCUGCAGGCUAGGAGAGUUGGACUAAGAAAUCUGAGACACGUGUUGAGGUCAUCUCCUGCACCUCUGACUCUGGGAACAUGAUGCUUCUAUCUCCAAGAAUUCCCAUUUUGUCAUACAUUCUGCCCUUGGGCACCCUACUGACUGCUUCAGCCUAGUUUCUUCCUAAACCCAUUCCACCCAACAGGACCAUGUACAGGGUCUAGAUUAUCCUAUUUCCAGCCCCUUUUUCAUCUCUACUGACUAAGGCCUAUUGAAGUGGCAAGACUACAGAGAUCCAAACAAAGAAAGGAAAACACUGUCUUGGGGAGACCAGUAACCAGGUUCAGGAAAAAAAAAAUAUCCAAAGGGGUUUUUUGUUUUGGGGGGAAAAAAACUUGCGUUUUUUGUUUUUUGUUUUUGCUUCUGUGUCUUUGCCGAGACAAAGGUUUACAAGACCUAGUAGAUAGCUGGAGUAAUCCAAAUGACAUGAGGCUGUGGAGUUGGUGAAUGUUGUUUAGCCUUUCUUCUUGGCAAGAAGGGAUAAAGGAUCUCUUGAGAUGGGGGACUUUUCAAAAUUUAAA